AUGUGGAAAAACGAGGGCAUGAAUGCGUUCUACAUCUGGGGCGGACAUCUGCCGUACGGAGGAAAGAUCGAUGGACCAAAAUUAUGGAAAUUUGAGGCGGAUGGCAAAGGCGGCGGCGAGUGGUUGACAGAGUCGCCCGCGAAUCCCUCAUUCUUCGGGGAGCUGAAGAGGUGCGAGGAGGGUGCGUACGUGAGCACAGGCGACGCAGCAUUCUGGUUUGGAGGUAUCGCAUCGGGCUGGACGAAUUCGAAUCCCGCAUCGCAACCAGUUCCUGGGGUUGUUUCAUACAACAUGACCACCAAGGUUUGGAGCAAUGACACGACGCCAGACUUUUCGGCAUUCUCAGAAUAUGGCACUAUUGUUGGUGGCGGGGCGGUCUAUAUCCCAACGUUUGGAAGCAAUGGUCUAAUUGUCGUCAUGGGAGGCGUGACGUUCACACUUGAGCCGAGUCAGAAGACGCCGAAUGGGUGGAUGGACUUCAGCAACCUGACUUUCUACGACCCUAUCACGAAGGACUGGUACUGGCAGAAGACGACGGGCACGCCCCCGACCGCACGAAGAGGAUUUUGCUAUGUUGGCGCCGAGGGGAAGAACGGAACUUAUGAGAUGUAUACCAGUAUCUCCUUCCUCUCAAGUAACAAGCCGAUACUAACUUUCAGCAGCUUUGUCUUCGGAGGUACCAACACUGAUAGCGGCUCAACAUUCGAUGACGUCUUCGUUCUUAGUCUGCCGGGUUUCGUGUGGACUCAAGUACCGUACGAGUCCAAGAACACGCGGCGAUUUCACACUUGCACCGUGGUUGGCCGUCGUCAGAUCCUCUCUGUCGGAGGCACUGACGGGAAGACAGCCUGGUCUGGAGCGGACCCCUGGCAGAACGGCCUCGGAUUGUUCGACAUGACCGACUGGGCAUGGAAAACAGAUUAUGACGCGGAAGCCAAAGACUACGAGACCGCAAACACAAUUCAAGACUGGUAUACGAAAGGGGGUCUCACCUCCGUCGCAUGGUCCUCUGAGACAGUACAGAACCUAUUCAUGAGCACUGCAACCUCGAAUGGCUCAUCUACUGGAGAUGGAGACAAUAAAUCCAACGACGGUAGUCUCAAUGAAGGAAGCCAGAAAACCCUUUCUACCGCUGUGAUAGCUGGCACCGCUGUAGGAGCGUUCCUGGGCUGUGCCUUAGUCGCAGCAGCCUUUUGGUUCCUAAGAAAGCGCACGGGGGACCAAGCGACAGCCGCUGCAGAGUUCAAAGAUGAUCCCGGCAACAAAACAUAUUACCAGGCUGGGCCCCCAGGAGAAUUGCCUUCCGAACCGGCAAGGACAGAGCUUUAUGGUGGGUCUACGCCUAAGCAUGAGCUGUGGACGGAGUGGCCGAAGCCAGAGACUGCUGAGAUACAGGCUCAGCAUGUUACAAUAACAGAGUUGGAUGCACCACCGGAUCACAGCGACCAUCUCUUGAGGAGAUGA